GUUAGAUCCGUGGAAUGUCAGCACUAACAUCGGUGUGAUCGUGCCUUUGUUGGCUGAGGCAGCGGACACGUACGUACGUGCCUAUGAAUGUGAUGCAGUACGUGGCUUAACUAUUGAUAGCCUUGUCUGCAGGGUUAAAGCAAGCUGCGGGAUUCGUCCGAGCCGAGUCCGAGUUCUUGCGACACGGGGCGGUAACUACUCCUUAGUCCGUACCUGUAGCUGCAUUCACUCUCGAGGACUUUACCAGGCGCGCCCCCCCUCAGACUGCGCGCAGGCGGCUUUAAGUUUACUCUCCUCGUAUAAUGGAGCGGCUUGCAACGAGAUUGGGCCGGUUAUUUACCUCCAGACCCAAACCGUUACCAACUGCUACCGUUCUGCGGGCUUCUAUCUCUGUUUCUAGCGCUGCUACUGCCGCCGCCGCAUCCAUGGCCGCGUACUCCAGCGUCGUCUCCCGACUGGAGGCUGCAAACGUUCCCGAAGACGCUCACCAAGCCGCCCAUCAUGUCAAAGGGAGCAACGGGAAAACCGUCAAAUUCCGGAACCCCCAUCCUUCCGCCGGCGGAGGAGGGGGCUCGCUCGCCAUGACGGGCAGGGUAUUCAGGUCGUUCAUCACGGGCGAGAUGUCCAUGCCCACGCCUGACGAGACCGUCAAGAUCCCCGCUGUCAAGCCCAGCUUCCUGGCGGCGCGGUCGGGCUCGACGGCAUUGCGGGCGACUUGGCUGGGUCACGCCUGCUACUUUGUCGAAUUCCCCAGCGGCCUGCGCGUCCUGUUCGACCCGGUAUUCGAGGACCGCUGCGCGCCCGUGCAGUGGCUCGGCCCCAAGCGGUACACGGCACCGGCAUGCAGCCUCUCUGAACUACCGGCCGUCGACGCCGUGGUGAUCUCUCAUUCGCAUUAUGACCACCUCUCGCACACCAGCGUGCAGGAGCUGGCGAGGCGGAACCCGGAGGUUCAGUUCUUCGUCGGCCUGGGUCUGGAGAAGUGGUUCCGCGCCAGCGGCAUCAGCAAGGUGACCGAGAUGGACUGGUGGCAGGAGGCCGAGUUGGUUCUACGGAAGGACAAGGCGGCGGGCCGUGAUGAGGCCGACGAGGCUGGCGAGGACGCACCCGGCACCAUCUCGGCGCGCAUCACUUGCCUGCCGUGUCAGCAUUCGUCCGGGCGGGGGAUCCGGGACCAGGACAGCACGCUGUGGGCGUCGUGGGCGGUCAAGUCGGGCGACAAGUCGGUGUGGUUCGGCGGCGACACGGGGUAUCGCAGGGUGCCCAAGAUCCCGCCGCACGUGGACGACUACGGGCCCGAGUACGACUCCCUGCCGCGGUGCCCGCAGUUCCGGCAGAUCGGCGAGCUGCGUGGGCCGUUCGACCUGGGCCUGAUCCCUAUCGGCGCGUACAAGCCGCGCUGGCUGUUCAGCUUCAUGCACGCAAACCCGUACGACGCCGUCGAGAUCUUCAAGGAGACGCGGUGCAAGCAUGCCCUUGCUAUGCAUUGGGGGACGUGGGUGUUGACGAGCGAGGACGUGGAAGAACCGCCCAAGCUGCUCAAGGAGGCGCUGAAGACGAGCGGUCUCCCCGAGACGGGCGUGUUUGACGUCUGCGCCAUAGGGGAGACGCGCGAAUUCUGAGUUUUGAUGUGAUGGGUUGCAGUUAACCUUGUAAUCCCAGCAAUGUUUUUCUUAGACAUAUGUACAUACCAUACAAUUGUAGAUAGAGGCCAACCGUCCGCUCGAUUUAUGUACAAGUACAAUACAUACCUACGGAUUACAGUUUGGCUGGAGAUCAUCGGUUCACGACUGCUCACUACAUGUGGCCUUAGGAGGUUUGAUAUUCGAGUUCCGCUUCCCUGGAUAUCCUCCGUACCGCAAGUCGGUACUCUUCGGCCAGCGCUCCUAGGUACGUUGUAUUCUGGCAUCUUGUUUAAGAUGGACGACGGACUCCCUCGACAACGGAGCCAGGGGAUAGUCACAACGAGACCGGAUGAGUGGCGACGAGGAAACUCCUUAUAGAGGUCCAGAGAUC